CCUCCGACAAGACUUCUAUCUACUCAAUUGACUAAUCCACUCUUUCAAAUUUUCCACCGUUCUGUAAUCGCCGGUGAUCCCGCCAACUCAAUUGUCCAUGGCAUCGUUGGUUGCCAAGUUAAUGCUACGGCACUCGCUCCAGUUAUCCACCAAACCGCCUCGGAAAGCCGCCGCGGCCGCCUCCUCUCGCCCUCUGGAAGAAGCACUCGACGUCAGCCUCCGGUCACUCCGUUCGACAGACGACGAUGGCUCGCCUCUCACUCUCGCCUGGCUUACAAGAGUCUUCAGACUUCUCGCCUUCUCUCUGUCCCGCGCUGCGGCUCUGGUGUCCCAACACUCCCUUCCAGCCUCCGAUGAACUAGAUUCCCACCUAGACGCUUUUCUUCUUAUCCUCGACGCGUGCAAUGCGAUCUCUGCUCAAGUUGCGAGAUUGCAGAACCGGCUCCUCCACCUCCGGCUCGCCGUCCGGUUCCUCGCCAGCGAGGAUGGCUCGCGGCAGAGGCCGCCGGAGAUGGUAAAGAAUGCGAGGAAGGCAAUAAAAGGAUGGGAGAAGAGCAAGCAGGACAUCAAAAUCCAGCGCCAUUCUGUGGGCGAGAUGCUCCGGCGAAUGAGACCGGCGGAUCCUCCUCGCGGAAGUGCGUCGUCAGUAUUGAGCAGGGCGUCGUACUCGGUGGAGAGCGUUUCGCAACUGGUGAUGGCGGCCGCAAUGGUGGCGCUCGGCCUGGGGGAGCCAGAGUUUCUGCACGAGAUUCGUGUGCCCGACGAGUGGCCGUGGGUGCUCAGCUUCAACGAGGUCGCGGCGGAGGUGUCCAGCAGAGUGGGAGCGUCGCGCCCUCUCGGCGAGCUGGAGGAAGUGGAGGCGGCGGUUAGGCGAUUAAAGGAGGCGAUAGAUGAAGAGGAGGAUAGCGAGAGGCUAGGGACAGCGACUGAGGCGGUGGACAAUGCGACAAAAGCGAUGACGGCGGCAUUGAAUGGAUUGGCGGACAGCGUCAACUCAGCGUUUCACGCGGCCAUGGGAACGAGGAACGCGGCGUUGAGCAGGCUUCGCUGGAAUACGCGGCGGUAGAGUAGGUCGUCCGUGACGAGAGUAUGAAGAUUAAUUGCAAGCUGGGCGCGUGUCCUCCGAAUAAUCAUAGAUCACUUAUUCCAAUUGACCUGGUAGAAUAACAGCCCAGAUCCUCUACACCACAAAAAGCGGUCCAGAGAAUGGUCCCUUGAUCUAGAUUGGUGGGGAUGAAUGAUCCCCACCUAUUUUAUGAAUGGGGACCAUCCCUUGAGCUAAUCCAAAUCAAGGGACCAUCCCCUGGAUCGCUUUUUGCGGUCCAGAGGAUCUGCCCUCGUAGAAUAACACAUUUAACCGCGUGAGUAAGUAGUAUUACACAUUACACGUGUUUAAAUUUAAAA